AGAGACAUCGAUCCAUCAGCAAUGGCGCCCGUCGGAUUGCCUCCUGGUUUCAGGUUUCAUCCCACUGAUGAAGAGCUCGUCAACUACUAUCUCAAGAGAAAAAUCAAUGGCCAAGAGAUUGAACUCGACAUUAUUCCUGAAGUUGAUCUUUACAAAUGUGAGCCUUGGGAGUUAGCAGAGAAAUCAUUUCUACCAAGUAGGGAUCCGGAGUGGUACUUUUUUGGACCUCGGGACCGGAAGUAUCCGAAUGGGUUCAGAACAAAUAGAGCAACGCGAGCUGGUUACUGGAAGUCGACAGGAAAAGACCGGAGAGUUUCGUAUCAGAAUCGAGCCAUCGGAAUGAAGAAGACAUUGGUUUAUUACAGAGGCCGAGCUCCUCAGGGAAUAAGAACCGACUGGGUGAUGCAUGAGUAUCGACUUGAUGACAAAGAGUGCGAAGACUCCUCUGCGGCAAUUCAGGUAGACUCUUAUGCACUGUGUCGAGUGUUCAAGAAAAAUGGAAUAUGUUCCGAAGCAGAAGAUCCGCAAGGGCAAUGUAGUAUAUCCCUAAUGGAGAGCUCGUCGCAAGGUGUAAUGAAUGAUUACGAGACAUUGUCACCCGAUAUCCAACUAGGGAUUACAUCCUCGUCCUGCAUUGACGAGGAAGACAAAGAUGAUUCGUGGAUGCAAUUCAUCACUGAUGAUCCUUGGUGUUCGUCAAAUGUUGGUGGUGGCAGUAGCAACAACAAUGAAGAAGUCACUCAUCAUGUGACAUUUACGAACUAAAAAGAUGACAAAAAAAAUAAUUGGUGUCAAUGGUGGCAGUGAUGGUGAAUAACAUAAAUUCAGGUAUAUUAUUUCUUAAAAAAAUAAGUCUUUAAAAAAAUGCUUGUAAAAUUUGUCAUUAAUUUUCUCAUGAUAUAAUUGAUAGAUUAUGAUCUCUAAUUUAUUGGAUGGAUGUAAUAUAUAGUUUAUAUUGUGGUUUGGGUGGUGGAUUUCAUGGGGGUCACUUUACAAAAAUAUGGCUCCAGGGAUCCAUUUUUGUAAUUUUAAAAUCUUCUUGAAGGUGUUUUGUGAAUUAAUAAAAGAUUAAGGGUGUUAUGUUAUUCUGCCCAAA